AUGGUUUUAUUUAGUGUAUUAACCAUGAUUGUAGCGAUUGCCUUAUUUUCCCUUCGAAUUUCAGCUAUUAAUUUCAACAGAAUUGCGAUUAUCGUAUUAAUCUAUUCUGGAUUUUUAGCUUACAAUACAAUUUAUACUGAUUUAGUAGGAUCAGGAAUUGGUGUAUUUAGUGGUUUAUUCCAAAUUACAGCGAUUACACAAAGUAUUGAUGUAUUCAUUUGUUUAAUUGGUGCUUUAGUACUUUUAUUAGGAGAAAACUCUACGAUUGGAACUGGAACAUCAUUAAAAGAUGGAGUAACUGUGAAACAAUCGAGUAUGAUUGGUAAAUAUUUACCCGUUUUAGCAGAAUAUCCUUUAAUUGUAUUAUUUUCUGUAUUAGGAAUGAGUAGUUUAAUUUCGAGCAGUGAUUUAGUAUCUAUGUUCUUAUCUAUUGAAUUACAAAGUUUCGCUGUUUAUAUUUUAGCUACGAUUUAUAGAGAUUCUGAAUCUGCAACAGCAGCAGGAUUAAAAUAUUUCUUAUUAGGUAGUUUAUCUUCAGCUUUCAUUUUAUUAGGAAGUAGUUUAAUUUAUGGAUUUACAGGAUUAACUAGUUUUGAAGGACUAUACAUGUUAUGUUCAACUACAACAAGUAAUCAUGCUAUUGAAAUUAGUGUAUUAUUAAUUGUAGUAGGUCUAUUAUUCAAAGUUUCAGCUGCUCCAUUCCAUAAUUGGGCUCCAGAUGUAUAUGAUGGAGUACCAACAAUGGUAAUGAGUUGGUUAGUAACAAUGCCUAAAAUUUCAUUAUUAGUAUUUAUUUUAGAAUUCCAAGGAUUUACUCAAUUAUCAAAUUGGUCUUCAUGGACAUAUCUAUUAUUAAUUAGUUCUUUACUAUCUUUAAUGAUUGGUACAAUUGGUGGAUUAUCUCAAUAUAGAAUUAAACGAUUAUUAGCUUAUAGUACGAUUUCUCAUGUAGGUUUCUUAUUAUUAGCUUUAGCGAUUAAUAGUGAAGAAUCAAUUGAAUCUUUCUUAUUCUAUCUAAUUCAAUACUCAUUAACAAAUGUAAAUGUAUUCUUUAUUCUAAUUGCUUUUGGUUAUCUAUUACAUAGUAGAGGAUUAGCUCCUUAUUCACCUGUUCAAUUUAUUAAUCAAUUAAAAGGACAAUUCCAAAUGAAUCCUUUAUUAGGUAUUAGUUUAGCGAUUUGUUUAUUCUCAAUGGCCGGUAUUCCUCCACUAGUAGGAUUCUUUGGUAAACAGAUGGUUUUAUAUUCAGCAGUGCAUAACGGAAAUUUCUUCUUAGCAUUAGUAGCUAUUUUAACAAGUGUAGUAAGUGCUGCUUAUUAUUUAAGAGUAAUUAAAGUGAUUCAUUUUGAUCCAUACACAGUAACUGAUACAAAUGUAGUAAAUAAAGAAACAGUAACAACUUCAAGUAGUUUAGUGAUUGCUACACUUACUUUAUUAUUAAUUUUCUUUAUUUUUAACCCAACACCAUUAUUAAAUAGUGCUCAUCUAAUCACUUUAAGUUUAUUUUAUUGGUAA